UCGGGCAGGAGGGAGAGUUUCCUCGGGAGAAGCGUCCGUGGUGCGGCCCAGGUAUUGUCAUUUGUAAUGCCCACACAGCUCCAGAGGGUCUCACAGAGAGUGCUCCACAGGCUCUUCCACACAAGGAGCUGUUUGUUUGUUGUCCUGCACGUAGCCUUGCAAGCUGCAGUGUAUGGGGAAUACACGUGGGAAGUGUUCGGUUACUGCUGGGAGCUGCAGUUCCACCUCCUGCUCCUGCUGCUGCCCUACCUGCUGCUGGCCGGGAACGCGGGCUGCUUCCUUCUCUGCUCCCGGGCCAAUCCUGGUAUAGUAACCAAAUCAAACCACGCGUUGUUGGUUAAGAUUUAUGCGUAUGACGGUGUAUUAUUCCAGAAAGGCAUCGUGUGCCCUACAUGCAACAUGGAGAAGCCAGCCAGAUCGAAACAUUGCAGUUUCUGCGGCGGGUGCGUACAUCGUUCGGAUCACCACUGUGUGUGGCUCAACAACUGCGUCGGGGCCUUCAACGCCAAGUUUUUCCUCCUUUACCUCUUCACCCUGACUGCCAUGGCUGCAACCAUCGCAGUCAUCACCGCAGCCUUUCUCAUCCGCGUGGUGCUGCUGUCAGGUAUGAUGCGUGGGAGUUACAUCGAUGACCAAGGACAAGAGCGUGCUGUUGAGAUUCUCUUCCUCAUUCAGCACCUUUUCUUGACUUUUCCUAGGAUCGUCUUCAUGCUGGGCUUUGUUAUUCUUCUCACGCUCGUGCUGGGCGCAUACUGCUCUUUCAAUCUCUAUUUGGCCUUGACCAACCAGACUGCCAACGAGUGGUAUAAAUCCAGAAGAUACGGGUGUUCCCACCAGCUAACGUUGCAGCCUCGUGACAGACAAGUUGCCUACAAAAACAUUUAUUCUAAAGGAGCCUGGAUGAAUUUAAAGGAAGUCUUUAAUCCUCCCACAGCGUUGGAAGGAAAGAAGAAAACAUGA